CAGGCCAAAAUCAAGCUGCAAUUCAAAUUCUAAUCAACAAUCAAGUUCAGAUUCCAAUCACUGAUUUGUAUAUUUAUGGGUUAUUGAUAAAAUCAAAUAAGUAUCAGUUAUCCCCAAAUUGCAGUUCCUCAAAUCGCAUAAUCUGCAGCUCACCAAAAUUCAGGGGUGCAAACGAGCUCGAGCUCAAUCAUCGGUUUACUUAUGAAAGCUCGAGAGCUCGUCCGAGCUCUGUUUCUAAAGCUCGAGCUUGGCUUGUAGAGUGGGUUUUAGAAGCUAGAACAUCAUCUGGAAUUGAAGAAAAAAAAAUACAAAUGAAGGUGGUGGUAAGAGAAUCGACGAUGGUGAGACCAGCGGAGGAGACACCGGCGGUAAACCUAUGGAACUCUUGCCUUGAUCUCACUGCUUUGAACUUUCAUACGCUAUCGGUGUAUUUUUACCGGCCUAAUGGUGCCCCCAACUUCUUUGAUACGGAAGUGAUGAAGGAUGCUUUGAGCAGGGUUUUGGUUGCGUUUUACCCAAUGGCAGGCCGAUUUAAACACGGCCAAGAUGGCCGGAUUGAGAUCGAUUGUCGAGGACAAGGGGCGUUGUUUUUGGAAGCUGAGUCCGAUGGCGUUAUCGAUGAUUUCGGUGACUUUUCACCCACAUUGGAGUACUCGAAACUUGUUCCGGUGGUCGAUAAUUUGCUGGGAUUUGAAUCAUAUCCGCUGCUCGUCUUGCAGGUAACUUGCUUCAAAUGUGGUGGGGUUUCACUAGGACUUGGUUUCGACCAUCGUGUCGCGGAUGGAUGGUCUGCGAUGCACUUCAUGAACACAUGGUCCGAUAUGGCUCGUGGCCUUGACAUCACUCUCCCACCCUUCAUAAACCGGACCCUCCUUCGUGCACGGGACCCACCACGACCCGUUUUUGAGCACAUCGAAUACCACCCAGGUCCAACACCACUCCAAGCCCCCUUAGAUAAAACCAAAACCAGCUUCUCAAUGUUCAAGUUAACGCGAAACCAACUCGAUCUACUCAAAGCAAAAUCAAAGGAAGACGGUAACACGAUCCGCUACAGCUCUUUUGAAAUUCUCUCGGCCCAUAUUUGGAAGUGCGUGUGUAAAGCCCGUGGUCUGCCAGACGAUGUGGAAACUAGGCUCCACUUUUCUGUCGAUGGGCGUGCCCGCUUACAACCGCCACUUCCACCCGGCUAUUUCGGGAAUGUUAUCUUCAGAGGUGCUGUUAUACUGACAGCGAGCGACAUUCAUUCGAAACCUACAUGGUACGCUGCAAGUAGAAUCCAUGAUGCAUUAGCGAGGAUGAAUAACGAUUAUCUAAGGUCAGCAAUAGAUUAUCUGGAACAACGCCAUUGUCAAAAGCCGGAGGUUAAUUAUAGCUACACAAAUCUUAUAAUAACUAGUUGGGUUGGGAUCCCGAUUCACAAUGCGGACUUUGGAUGGGGCCGGCCUGUAUUCAUGGGGCGAAUAGGGAUCCCAUCACCAGGUAGGUGUUAUGUGUUACCGAGCCCGAUAAAUGAUGGGAGCUUAUCGAUCAUCAUUGGGUUGGAAGCUGAACAAAUGAAGCUUUUCAGCAAGUUGUUGUAUGCAACAGUAAACGAUCGCUUUAUCAGUAGUUUAUAGUUUUCAGCAAGUUGUAUGCAACAAUAUCCAUAUUAUACGUGGUUUUGGGUUUAUUUUCCGGGUCUAAAUUACUUUCACUA